GGGUUUGCGGAUUUCAACCUCCCCCUUCCCCGGCUGCUCGCUCGCUCUCUUGGUAAGGAUGAGUUACUUACUUACUUACUGCUCUUUCCUGCCUACCUCUACCUCUACCUCUACCUCUACAGAUCUGAUCUAGUUUAAAACCAACCAAUACAUACAUAUAUACAAACUUGUUUCGCGUGAAAUUCGAUCAUCUAGUUUACCUACGUGUUUUGAUUAUUCAUAUCGGGUUCCACUUCAAAUCAAUCCUAGUUCGUCCUUGAUUCUCUCUCUCUCUGAUUUGAGUAAAAACCACAGGAAACAAGGGCUUUGUUUAAGGCCACCAAGAAAACAUAUUCAUCUCGUUUCUUGCCUCGCUUCUGCAGGCAAGCAAAUCCAUAUGUGUGUGCGUGUGUGUAAUAUGAUGGUCCUUGCCAAAACUGGCAAGAGAUGAAAGAAACAGGAGUCGUUGCAAAUCUUAUACCUAUAUAUAUUUAUAUACACAUAACUACUUUUAGAAUACACAUAUAUAUACAUAAGGGAAAAAAUUACUGCAUUAGAAUAUACAUAUGGCCUAAAUAUAUACACAUAUAGCCUUAAAUAAAAAUAUAUAUUGUUCGCCUAGUGUGACUUGUCUGUCGGACUUGAUUUACAGGGUAUUAGGUUCGGUCGGGGUUUAGCCCGUGCGCACUUUCGGUAGCGGCUGUGAGUUUUCACGUCAUAAAAAAAUAAAAUAAAAUACAUAUAUUGUUUGUUCAUACUUAAAGAUAGUCGUAGUAAAUUAUAGUUAAUUUACAUAUUGUUAAUAUCCCAUGGGAUCCUUGCUCCAAAAAUAAAUCCUAUCUAUCUAUCCCUGCACACAUAAUGUAGAUAUAUACACACUCGUGUGUAUGUAUUAUACAUACACACUUGUGUGUGUGGAUAGGGGAAUAGAGUGUGCUAAUGGGACAGAGGAUUCGGUCUGUGUUAAUAUAGUGUUGCAUUUUGUAUUAUGUUAUCAUAAAUAAUAUGCUCUCUAUGUUAAAUGUAGAUAUGUAUGCAGAUAAUAAAAGGGAGUGCUUGAAUUAAUUAGAUAAAAAUAUAUGUGAUGUUCAUGAGGGCUACGUGCAUCCUAAGUAGCAACAUACGAACUAGAUCUCGUUCGUUCUACUAACUACUUACUUGGGUAGUAGUGGUAGUGGUAGUGGUAGGUAGGGAAGGAGCAAUAUAUAUAAUAAAUAAAUGAAUGAGUACAUAAAUAGAUUCCUUGAAUGAUCACACUACUUAGCUUAUUAAAUUAAUAUAUAUUAAUUAAUUCAACACGUGCAUAUAUAUAUAUAGUAGUUGUUGCUGACCAUGUUGAGUUGAGUUGAGUUGAUCAUUAGAAUUGAAUGGAGAAGAAGAAGAAGAAGAUUGAGGACAUAUCGGCGAGGCAAGUGACAUUCUCAAAGAGAAGGCAAGGGCUAGUGAAGAAAGCGCAUGAGCUGUCAGUUCUAUGCGAGGCACAGGUUGCCGUCAUGGUAUUCUCACCCACCGGGCGCUACCACCAAUACUCCUCCACUUCAAACAUCAAUGACAUACUCAACAAGUUUGCUUUGCACUUGGAAUCUGAGGAGGGGCAGCCAACCAGGACCAGCUCCCAGGAAAAAAACAAGAAUCCUACCAGUACCAGUUCGAAUAAUGGGGCUCGGAACAAGAUAAAUUUCCUCCGGGAACUAAAGACUCAAGUUCUUCAACAGCUUACCAUAGAAGAACUGGAUCAGCUAGAAAUGAAGCUUGAAAGAAUAUUCAGAUAUGUGACAACCAAAAAGGAAGCUAACACCACAGGUGUGUGCACGGCGCAAUCAAAAGAAUCCAGGUGCCCAACACAAGACACUCUUAUUGGUGUUUACCCAGAAAGGUGGAUUCUACCACCUGCUGAUGUUUACAAGGUGAAUUUCGUCGGAACAAAUCCUAAUCAUAUUGAUGAUUCAGGGGUAGGGCUAGGGGUUGCCAUUGGAGUAGUUGUUAGGAAUUGGAAAGGAGAUUUCAUGGCUGCACUUGCAAGGUUUUACCCUGACCUUGUGGAUAUAGAUACUGCCUCAUGGAUGGCCGCGAAGUGCGCGGUCGAGUUUGCAGUAGAUUAUUGCUUCAAACACAUAAUGUUGGAGGGGGAUGUCCCCAACACAAUCAGGGGACUUCAGGAUAAUUACAAAGAUAAAUCUCCGGCUUCUACCAUAAUCAAACAGGAAGUCAAAGACUGUAUGACACAAUUAGACAGUUGUUUAUUUUCACAUGUACAAGCAUCCGGAAAUGAGGCAGCACAUAAAGUGGCCCAACAUGCAAGAAAUGUCGGGGAAGAACUUGUCUGGCUCAUGGAAGAGCCUGAUUUUCUUGCCGACAUCUUGCUGUCUGAUGUAGUUCACACUAAUAAUUGAUGUGGUUAUUUACUUGGCCAAUCCUGGAUAAUAUAGUUUGCUAAUCGAAGUAUCACAGCAUCUGCAAUGUAUAAGUAACCCUCUCAAAUGCAGGGGUAAAAUGAUCAGAGCAUUGGACAAACAAUUCGAUCAUUGUAAUGUCACAACAGAAAACAACAUACUUGGUAAGCAGAGAA